CCACGUGCAAUCAAAAUGGAAGACAAAGUGCAUGCGGUCGAUGGUACUGUGAAUCCUCUUGCCAUCAAGAUGGAGAAGGAAGCGCACGUGAUGUACUUUCUGCGACACAUUCGGCAGCUCCCCGAUCCAUAUGCACGACAAGACCACCACCGAGUUGUCUUGCUCUUCUUCUGCGUGCAAGGCCUCGCCCUCCUCGGAGAACUCGACCGCGUGGACAAGAAGGCCAUCAUCGACUUCGUCUAUGCCCUCCAAGUACACCCCGAUAGUCGCGACAAGUCCAUCAACGCGGCCGAUUGCGGUUUUCGCGGAUCCACGUGGCUAGGAAACGCGUACUUCAAGGGGCCAAGGGAAUACGAGAGCACCACGUACGACACCGCCCACAUUGCCAGCACGUACACCGCGCUGUCGAUCCUGCGAACCCUAGGCGACAACUUCUCCCGCGUCAACAAACCCGCCAUCGUGCAGGCGCUCAAAGCGCUGCAGAAUCCCGUCACCGGCGGGUUCAUGGCGAGCUCGCUCGGAACGGAAGAAGACAUGCGGUUUGUCUACUGUGCAUGCGCGAUCUCGUACAUGUUGGGGGACUGGAGCGGCGUCGACUGUGACGGCGUCGUUCGAUUCGUAAACGCGUGUGCGACAUACGAAGGCGGUUUCGGGAGCUACCCUGGCCUCGAAGCUCAAGGCGGCGUCACGUACUGCGGACUGGCGUCCCUCGUGCUCUGCGGCCGCCUCGUCCAAGCCACGUUCGACUUGUCACUGCUGCAGCACUGGCUGCUCAUGCGGCAGCAGCAGGGCUUCCAAGGGCGAACCAACAAGCAGCCAGACGUGUGCUACGCCUUCUGGGACGGCGCGAGCCUGCACUUGCUGGGCCUGCAUGGACUCGUGGACGUUUCUACGUGCGAGCGCUUUGUGCUGUCGUGCCAGCACAAGCACGGCGGCAUCGCCAAAUACGCGACCGUGUACCCCGAUGUAUUGCAUUCGUACUAUGGCCUUGCAUGGCUGAGCAUUGCGGGCGUCGGGCCGGGUCUCGAAUCCCUCGAUGUCAAGCUGCAGUUGCCACUAUAGGACAUGUAUCCUGGCAUAGGUGCCUCGGCUACUGUACUAUGUACAUACAUGGACAACAGCAGCAGUAACGACUAGGAAGCAAUAAUAUGGUAGUCCGUCGAGUUGUACUUCAGUAGUUACACCCCCUAGACUGCGGACGAGUACUGUGCGAAUUCACAAACAACUCAACAA